ACAAGCUGUCAUAGGAACAAAAAAUUCUAAUAAGUCGCACAAAGCUUCUUCCGUACGGAGAAAUGAUUCCGUCUCUCUGCCAAAAAAUCCGAACAAUUUAGCAGUAACCUUGAGCCGCGGGGUGAAAAUGGUGCAAUAUUCGUUAAUUGUCCUGUUUGCGGCCUUGUACGGCGCCUACGGCAUUGGAUACGAGCAGAGUGAUUUAAUACGCUCCGGAAUUUGCUACGAGCGCCGCAACAUAAUUCUUUCGCACAUCGAAUCGAUCAUAGAUCCGAAAAAGCAAGUAAGAACUAUGGGCGACUUUACCAGCGGUGCGAUAUUCGAGCAAAGUUGGAACUCGUCCUCCUUCAAGCGCUACAGCGAAUGCAAAUUCACGCUCCAGCCCACCCCGGGCUACGGUCUGUAUCUAAGCUUCCGUAAGCUGAACAUGCGGCGGGACGAGAAAGGCAACUGCAUCGAUUACGUUUCGGUGAAGCAAAGCAACAACCGAAAGAUCAAGUUCUGCUACACGCCAAAGGACGUGCCAAGAAGUUUUUCCGACGACAUCUUCCUAAAGAUCACGAUCAUGCUGGACCACUCCGCCACGCUGCCGAAUGUGGACGAGCCGCUUCACAUACAGAUGGUUGGCACCCUGAACACGGAGUGCACGGGGAAGAAGAACCAGCUCCGAUGUGAACGCCAGGUUCUGCACUCCUGCAUACACCGUUCGUUCGUCAACGAUGGUACGGUGAACUGUCCGAAUUGUAUGGACGAGCCAAGCUGCGACCUAGAGCCGGUGGAAAUCUAUGUCCCGAGCGACAUCAAGGAGAAAAUAGUACUCACCGGGUUUGUGUCCCUGCUCGGGACGGCCUUCUUUUUCGGGGCCUGUUUUCUGUGCCUUUACAAAAGCAGACAGUGGGCACAGACGUGCAGCAGCACCAGCAACAGUAGCAACAGUCUUGGCAGUGUUGCCACCCGAGACAAUGUUGCUGGCCGGCGGCGCGGUCGUGCACACCACCAAGGUCGGGGCAACGUUGUCGCUGGCGUACAUUCGGUCGAGCUGCGCGGCUCAUCGAACGACCUGCGACCGUCGGCACCGGUACUAGAGGAGAAGGAUCUGCCGCCCAGCUACGACGCUCUGUUUCCUACCACCGCAGUUGCCUCCAGCACUUCCGGGCCUACGACGGUCUCGACCGCCACCUCGCCCACCAUACCGAAGGCGGCCGUGGACCGGGAAGUGGACCCAACGAAGUAACAAGCAUCCUGCCAGCAUCUUUGCAGACGUCCGCAUUUCGUUGCACUGUUGAAUGUAUAUAAGCUUUAACGUACGUUUCUGAUAGCAUUAUUUUACUCGUAAGGAAGCGAAUGGUAGCCGCUAAAGAGAAAGAGAGAGAGAGAGAGAGAGAGAGAGAGGAGAGAGAGAGAGAGAGAGAGCGAGAGAGGGGAGAGAGAAGAUACGGUAGUUAGGCCCGUAACACGAAACCGACGACUGGUCGACGAUUAGGAGGAGUUAGGAGGUAAGGCGAAACGAUUCUACUAGUAGUAUUGAACGAAAAGUCGCGCAAAUUUGUUUGUCCCAAAAAACCGUUGUCAAACACACCAUCCGGUAUUAUAAAUGUAAUCUCAGAGAAUAUUUUGCGCAUUUGCGAGUCAGCAUUACUUAAUCGGUUUGCUCCGAGAUCCCCGGCGACCCGACGGUGUACGCGGAAUGUCGUCCGUGCGUCAGAAUGCAUCGGUCAAAACGUACAAAAGGCGGGGGAAAAAAUGCCACUCACACGCAUUAUAUGACUAAAAUUCGCGAACCGUGUACUUUAGAUCUAUUUAUUAUCUACGCGGAUGUGUGGCAAAUUGAUUACCACGCACCCACUACUACUUGUCUUCUACAACAUGUUCGUGCGUUGCCUAAAGUCGUUAAACUAAAGCUAGAGAAGGUGAUGUGUUAUUUUGAAAAUAAAUCUACUCACUAGACCAAGUGA